GAGGCCGGGUGAGACUGCAGCGCUGCGGCGGAGCCCCGGGCCGGCCGCCUCAUGCACCCGCCCGGCGCCCCGCUCGCCAUGGCCGAGGGCGCCUUCUCGCUGGCCGCCCCGGCGGCGCGGAGCCCCGGGGGAAACCCGUCGAGGCUGCACAGCAUCGAGGCUAUCCUGGGGUUCACCAAGGAAGACGGGCUGCUGGGCGCCUUCCCGCCCGACGGCAGCGCCAAGGAAGCGGACCAGCGGGGGCCCCAGCAUUGCCUACCCAAGAUGCCCGCAGAGCCGCCGCCGGCCGAGCCCCAGGGCCGCGCCGAGCGCUUCCAAGGUGAGCGCUGUGGGCAAACGCCGGGUGCCGGGGAGCCGUAUUGUCCCGGCAGCGCCAGUCCCGAGCUGCCCGCUGGCAGUAGCGGAAAGGGGAAGCCGUCGGAAGAGGAGCAGCCCAAGAAGAAACACCGGCGAAACCGCACCACUUUCACCACGUACCAGCUUCACGAGUUGGAGCGUGCCUUUGAGAAGUCCCACUACCCCGACGUGUACAGCCGCGAGGAGCUGGCCAUGAAGGUCAAUCUGCCCGAAGUCCGCGUCCAGGUUUGGUUUCAGAACAGAAGGGCUAAGUGGAGGCGGCAGGAGAAACUGGAGGUGACCUCCAUGAAGCUGCAGGAUUCACCCAUCUCGUUCAACUGCUCACCACAGGCAACACCCAUGGGUCCUCUGAACAGCAGCCUGCCCCUGGAGACAUGGUUCAGUCCGCCGGUGCCCAGCAGCACAGCCCUGCAGACCCUGCCUGGCUUUGUGGCCUCGCCUCAGAGCCUGCCCAGCAGCUACACACCACCGCCCUUCCUGAACUCUCCAGCAAUGACCCAUGCGCUGCAGCCCCUGGGGGCCAUGGGGCCACCGCUGCCUUAUCAGUGUGGGGCCACCUUUGUAGACAAGUUCCCUUUGGAUGAGGCAGACCCACGCAACACCAGCAUUGCUGCCCUGCGGCUGAAGGCCAAGGAGCACAUCCAGUCCAUCGGCAAGCCCUGGCAGACAAUCUGA